CAGGUAUGGUUACAAAAGUACGGCUACCUUCCACCAACUGACCCCCGAAUGUCGGUGCUGCGCUCUGCAGAAACCAUGCAGUCAGCUAUAGCUGCCAUGCAGCAGUUCUAUGGCAUUAAUAUGACAGGCAAAGUGGACAGGAACACAAUUGACUGGAUGAAGAAGCCUCGAUGUGGUGUUCCUGACCAAACAAGGGGCAGCUCCAAAUUUAGCGUUCGUCGGAAACGAUAUGCAUUAACAGGACAGAAGUGGCAACACAAACAUAUCACUUACAGCAUAAAGAACGUCACUCCAAAAGUAGGUGAUGCUGAAACUCGUAAAGCCAUUCGCCGUGCCUUUGAUGUGUGGCAGAAUGUAACUCCUUUGACAUUCGAAGAAGUUCCUUAUAUUGAAUUAGAAAACGGCAAGAGGGACGUGGAUAUUACAAUCAUUUUUGCAUCAGGUUUUCAUGGAGACAGUUCUCCCUUUGAUGGGGAGGGAGGUUUUUUGGCCCAUGCAUAUUUUCCUGGGCCAGGAAUUGGGGGAGACACUCAUUUUGACUCAGAUGAGCCAUGGACUUUGGGAAAUCCUAAUCAUGAUGGAAAUGAUCUGUUUCUGGUUGCAGUGCAUGAACUGGGACAUGCUCUGGGCUUAGAGCACUCGAAUGAUCCCACUGCAAUCAUGGCUCCGUUUUACCAGUAUAUGGAAACCGACAACUUCAAACUACCUAAUGAUGAUUUACAGGGCAUCCAGAAGAUAUAUGGUCCACCUGACAAGAUCCCACCUCCAACAAGACCUCUGCCCACAGUGCCCCCACAUCGUUCAAUCCCUCCAGCAGACCCGCGGAAGAAUGACAGACAGCCUAAACCUCCCCGGCCACCCAAUGACAAGCCUACUUAUCCUGGAGCCAAACCUAACAUCUGUGAUGGGAACUUCAAUACUCUAGCUAUUCUUCGCCGGGAAAUGUUUGUUUUCAAGGAUCAAUGGUUUUGGCGCGUGAGAAACAACAGGGUGAUGGACGGAUACCCCAUGCAGAUUAACUACUUCUGGAGGGGACUGCCUCCAAACAUUGAUGCAGUUUAUGAAAACAGUGAUGGGAAUUUUGUUUUUUUUAAAGGUAACAAGUUCUGGGUCUUCAAGGACACUACUCUCCAGCCAGGGUAUCCUCAUGAUUUGAUAACACUUGGAAGUGGAAUUCCUUCCCAUGGGAUUGAUUCAGCAAUUUGGUGGGAGGACGUUGGGAAAACCUACUUCUUCAAAGGAGAUAGGUACUGGAGGUACAGUGAAGAAAUGAGAUCCAUGGACCCUGGUUAUCCCAAACCCAUCACAAUCUGGAAAGGUAUCCCAGAAUCUCCUCAAGGAGCCUUUGUCCACAAAGAAAAUGGCUUCACAUAUUUCUACAAAGGAAAAGAGUACUGGAAAUUCAAUAACCAGAUGCUCAGGGUGGAACCUGGCUACCCCAGAUCCAUCCUCAAGGAUUUUAUGGGUUGUGAUGGACCAACAGACCGAGACAAAGACCGACACAGCCCUCAAGAUGACGUUGACAUUGUCAUCAAACUGGACAACACAGCCAGCACUGUGAAAGCCAUAGCCAUCGUCAUCCCCUGCAUCCUGGCCUUGUGCCUCCUCGUCUUGGUUUACACUGUGUUCCAGUUCAAAAGGAAAGGAACACCCCGCCACAUACUGUACUGCAAACGCUCUAUGCAAGAGUGGGUGUGAUGUAGGGCUUUGGUUUUUCUUCUUUCCCUCCCAGGAGUUUGUGGUAACUUGAGGUUCAACACGAGAGCUGUUAUGCAGUUUCCUAGCUAGGAGCGGGCAUCUGUCAGUCUGAAACAAAGCUGAUCUCUAAAACCCCGGGGGUUGCCUGUCCUGCACGUGCGGGGCCACUCGCUCGGCUGGGAAGCUUCCAUGAUACACGGUAUCUGCUGUUUCUUCAGUCCUUUGUCUUUCUUUGUCAUUCGAUUCUAGGCCUUUCCUCUGCACGCUCGGUACCCAAUAAACUAUCAGGAUUAACUAAUGAAGAGGAAAACAAACAAAUAAAAAUUCUCCAAUGUUUCUACAUUUGUCCCCUAAGGCCUGUUCCCCUUUGAAAAAAAAUUUUUUGCUGAAAGUAAAUUUUUUUAGAAAAAAACAACAACCCGCAGUGGAACUUUCAGGAAAGAGAGAAGACCCAAAACAGCUUUGUCUCCAAAGAGGAUUGCUUUCUGUCUGCUAUGGAUAAAGUCCUAUACUCCUGCUUCCAAUUUUGUCAGGUGGGAGAGCUGGAUGACACGCAGGACUUCAGACUGUUCGGACAGCCAUUUUCCAACAAACAAGGGGCCAAAAUAUCUGCAAUAUAGUAACAGCCUUAAUGAUACAUUCAUUUUGUGUUUUAUACAGCUGCUCUGGGCUAUGUCCUCAAUGUUUUAAACUCAUUUAUAUUCAUUACUAUAUUCAAGUGGAACCUUUUUAUUGGUUUGUUUGGUUUCUGGUUGGUUUUCCUGCAUAAUCUUUCCAAAAUUAUACCAAGCCAACCGCCCCAGGCCUACCCCAGGUCUGUCAGGAGCACUCAUUCCAAAACAUGGUAAAAAGCAGUGUGUCUCUGAAGUGGAUUUCAAUGAAUUAAAGCAACAGUCAUGCUACAGAGAAACUUGACGCUGGUAUUUUAUCGGUGUAACCCUUUGAGAACUAUUGCAUCAGUUUUCAGAGUCUGGUGGAUGCUAAUCUUUGUUGGCAUUACAUUACAGGAUUGCAUUUGGGAAAAACAGGUUUUAAAAGAAAAUCAGAUUUUUAAAGCAGAUUUCCUGUGACUGCAAGUGAGUAUUUUAAUGACUUGUAUUAAAAAGCAAUUGUAGCAUACCAAUAGAAAGCAAAAUACGUUUACCAGGUACCUUCUGGUUAAAUGAACCAAACUGAUUUUAAUAACUGCUGCCACUUACCAGGAUUUUUUUUCAAAACUGGCUACGGUUUUAUAGCCUAGCCUUUUAUCUUAGGCAUAUUGAAUUUCUCUUUUAAACCAUGUUGCAUGAUAAUUCAAUUUGCUUCUACAGAGGUAGAGUUACAGUUUCAAGGGAAAGCAAAAAUGAUGACUCUGAUAUUGCAUGAAUAUACUCCAGUGUUUUAUGCCAUUGCAUGUUCACCAUAGUUCUCAAAGGGUGAGGCAGAUCUCUGGCAUUUAGCCCAACAUUAUAUCACUGACAGAACCAAGGGACCACCAAAGCAUUUGUCAUUGUGCGUAAUUUGUGCUAACAGCAGUAUUGUCAUGUUCAUGUGACCUGCAGAGCAGGUUUGUAUUGAUAUUUUUUUCCUAGAGAAAAGUCAGCAACUGACAGACCUCUUUAUUGAUUUUAGGAGCUGCUUCUUGCAGUGAUAGGCUUUACAGUCACUGGGCUGUGAACUUACUAAAGAUGGUCAGAGUGAAUGCACCCCAUGAGUCAGACACCUGGUUUUGUAUGAAAGCCAGGAUUUGAGGGGAGUAGCUUUCGAAACAAUGAACAGCUUGCCUUCAACUUGAUUAUUGACCUGUUGACUGUCAUUACUGAGUAAACAUUGUCGUCUGUGAACAGCUUCACUGUCUGAAUUUCCUUAAAGUGUACUGUCCUAUGUCUUUGCUCUUUGACCUUUAACUUGCAAACUGGCACAAACUGAAGGGAGUCUGGUGUUGCUAAUCAAGUAAGAUGGGUUUUAUUUCUUGAAAGGCCUGAUAUAUAUUAUCAAAAAAAAAUCUAAAGAAAGAAUGUUGAAUUGUUUGCUUAGAAAAGAAGUGGGAGAAUCUAAAAUAUUUAUGAUAGACCUGUAGAAGGAUAUUUUGCUAUGUAUACAUGCACACUCUAAAAAUGAACUGCAGAAGUGAAUUUUUAUUUAACUUGAAUAAAAUUUUCAGUAUAAAAUUAUCAUUUCUACAAAAAACUAGUUAUUAAGGAAAAGAUUAUAGGAAAGUAUUAAGAUACUUGAAAUGGCUAGUAUUGGCUUUUACAUAAAACAAGAUUUUAUACUACAUUCAAACCAAUUUCUUACUGAUUUCUUAAUCCACAUAGCUGGAUCAUUUUUUAGAGAGUGUAGGUAUAUAUAGAUAUAUAUUAUGGUUAUUAUUAUUUUGGUAAUGAAAUGAUAGCUUGACUGCCUUGAAUUUAUAUUUAUAUUGAGCAUAGCAUGAAAAAUAGUAUGCCUUUUUGUUCAGUUAUAUGAUUUUAUAUUGAUUUGAGGACUUAUUUUAUGAACAUAUGUGGCAUGCUAUAAAGCAUUGCAAACUUAAUUCUUAGAGCAUAAACAGAUAUACGUAUGUACGGCUAACAAAAAUGAAGAUUAGAAGAUGAUAUAGUUUUACAGCAAAUAUGCAAUGCAGGUGGCAUUUUGGAGAUGUUUUGUAGAGGUACUGCAUAGUGUAGGUUAGAAGUGCACCAGUAUCAGCAUUAUUUAGUAAAUCCAAUUCAGUUCUUGCUAAAAUAGAGAUUCAUAAUUAACUAACAUAGGAUAUUUACUGCAGAACAGCUCAUUUCGUGAACUGAGAAUUCUAUGCCUGUUUGUCCUAUAUUUUUAAUGUAUGUAUGUGUGUGUAUGCGUGUGUGUUUGUAUAUUUAUACAUUCACACAAAUACACAUACACAUGCAUGCAUAUUUUAAUCCAUGGAGAUUUUUUUUUAUUGUCAGCAAAGUGCUAUAACUUAUGUUCUACCACAGACAGAACAAAAUGAUUCAUGUUACUGUUCUGAUUUUGUCCCUUGGGUAUUUGGUGGAAAGUACUAACACUACUACUUAAUCUGCAUUUGGUUUUCCUCUACAGUGGGAGAACUAACUUUAUAUAGUCUUUAAGGCAGAACAGCAUUUUAUCUGUUUUGUUAUUUACUUGGAAAUUUCACUUCAAUUUCAAAAUCUGUUUGGUGGCAACUUUGAAUUUUGUGCAACUGUCUCCCUGAGAGUAAUGAAGUGCUGAGCAUGUUGACUGUUGUUCUUUGGUAAGGUAAAAAAAAAAUGUUUGUAUUUGGAGAACUUUAAUUAUGCAGGAAGGUAAGUGUGAUAAGUCUAGUGCUUGGUAUAUGAUAUAUCAUAGAUACAUGAAUACAUGAUAUGUUGAUUCUUUAUUUUAUUUUACUUAAAAAUGCAUAUAUAUUAAAUACAGAGAGAUGGAGAAUAAAACAAAUAUAUUGGCAUGUUUAUGUCAUGCAAGGCAAGGUUGUGUCAGCAUUUCUAUUAUAUUCUCCUAUUUUCAGUAGGUUGUAACACAGACAUUAAAAUUUGCUUUAGGCAAAAGAUGCAGAGCCAAUUGUAUUCAGUCUGAUUUCCAAGUACAUGGCUGGCUUCAAAUGAUAGUAGUAGUUCAGUUUAAAUUAGUGGUGUUGCUGAGUUUACUUUUGAAGUUAAACAAGUAAAAGAUAGUUUUAAGAAAAUGGUAUUUAAAAAACAAAUGUUCUAUACCAGGGCCUAUAAUUAUUAGCAUCAAGGAAAAAAAAAAAGUGAAAAUAUUUUGCUUGAGUUCUGAAACGUGGGUUCCUGCUUAUGUGCCGUAACCUUUUUCCUAAAGUUUUUUAAUAAACAUUUCCAUAUUACUA